AUGUCUUCAGACGCCGUUUGCGAAGAGAACCCGUUACAUGAAACUGGCGAACUAACCUACGAACCGAUCAAUUGGAUUGAACCGGAUGAAGUUGAAACCCUCACACACAUUGCGACCCAGCAGUCUCGCCGCCAGUCUACCCUUGGGCAUCGUUUGGCGUCCAUCGCGGAACAUGAUGAGUCUCUCAACCCCCAAUCACCAGGCUUCGAUCUGCACAAAUGGCUCAAGGCCGUUAUGAAUGAUCUCCCUCGGGAGGGUCCGCAGGGUCAAAACAUGGGCAUCGUCUUUAAACAGCUCAACGUGUAUGGUUCAGGGGCAGCUCUGCAAUUCCAGGAAACAGUCUCGACCCUCCUGACAGCGCCCCUUCGGUUGCCACAGGUGAUUCGUGAUGCCCAUUCUCCUCGCAGACGCAUCCUCAAGGACUUCAACGGUCUCCUCAAGAAGUCCGAGUUGCUUUUGGUUUUGGGUCGACCUGGUGCUGGCUGCAGCACUUUCCUCAAGUCGCUGUGUGGAGAGCUGCAUGGCUUGGAUCUUGAUACACAAAGCGUCAUCAGUUAUAAUGGAAUGACCCAAGAGCGGAUGACGAAGGAGUUCAAGGGCGAAAUGGUAUACAAUCAGGAGGUCGACCGACACUUCCCCAACCUCACGGUUGGCCAGACUUUGGAAUUCGCCGCGGCCACUCGCACCCCUGCCCACCGGUUCGACGGUAUGUCGCGCUCGGAGUUUGCUAAAUACAUGGCUCAAGUCGUGAUGGCAGUGUUUGGCCUCAGUCACACUUACAACACCCGAGUCGGUGAUGACUUCAUCCGUGGUGUCUCUGGUGGGGAGCGAAAGCGUGUCAGUAUCGCUGAGAUGGCCCUCGCGGCUUCGCCUUUGGCUGCCUGGGACAAUUCCACCCGCGGACUGGACUCGGCCACUGCGUUGAAAUUUGUACAGAGUCUCCGACUCCUAUCGGAUCUCACUGGUUCGGCCCAUGCCGUCGCGGCCUACCAAGCCAGCCAAAGCAUCUAUGAUGUAUUUGACAAGGUGGCGGUAUUGUAUGAAGGACGGCAAGUCUUCUAUGGCCCUGCUUCCAUAGCCAAGGCAUACUUUGAGCAGCAGGGCUGGGAAUGCCCUGCACGACAGACUACCGGAGACUUUUUGACAUCGGUAACCAACCCGCAGGAGCGUCGUGCUAAGCCCGGUAUGGAAGGUCGCGUACCACGUACUCCAGAUGAAUUUGAGAGUGCGUGGCUCAAAUCCGCCGAGUAUCAGCAGCUGCAACGCGAGAUAGCAUCAUACGAGGAGCAGUACCCGGCCGGAGAUGACCAGGCUGCUGCUGUCGAAUUCCAGGAGCAGAAGCGCAACAAACAAGCUGACCACACCCGGCCCAAAUCCCCAUAUAUCAUCAGCGUUCCUAUGCAGAUCAAGCUCAACACAGUUCGGGCCUAUCAACGACUGUGGAAUGAUGCUGCAUCAACAGUGUCUACCAUUGUCAGCAACAUCAUCAUGGCUCUGAUCAUUGGUUCCGUGUUCUACGAUUCCCCCAACACUACCUCGGGCUUCAUCUCCAAGGGUGCUGCCCUCUUCUUCGCCGUCCUCCUGAACGCCCUUACAGCCAUGAGUGAAAUCAACAGUCUGUACGCUCAACGCCCGAUUGUUGAAAAACACAACUCCUACGCAUUUUACCACCCCGCAACCGAGGCUAUAGCUGGCGUGGUUGCUGACAUACCUGUUAAAUUCUGUUUGUCUGUGGUGUUUAACAUCAUUGUCUACUUCCUUGUUGGUCUUCGACGGGAGCCAGGAAACUUCUUCCUCUAUUUCCUAGUCACCCUCCUGGUUACCUUCGUGAUGAGCGCUGUUUUCCGGACAUUGGCUGCCAUAACGAAGACCGUCUCACAAGCUAUGGGUCUGGCUGGUAUUAUGAUUCUUGCUCUUGUGGUCUAUACAGGCUUCGUCAUACCCGUGCCGUCCAUGCAUCCAUGGUUUGAGUGGAUUCAUUACCUAAAUCCAAUUUUCUACGCCUUCGAAAUUCUGAUCGCGAACGAGUUCCACGGGAGGGAAUUCCCUUGUUCCCAAUUUGUUCCCAGUUACGCUGAUCUAUCCGGUAAUUCAUUCGCCUGCUCUGCUUCCGGCUCCAUCGCAGGCGACACCACCGUCAGCGGUGACCGAUAUAUCAUGGUCAAUUACGAGUAUAGCUAUAGUCAUGUAUGGCGCAACCUCGGCAUUCUCUUUGCAUUCCUCAUCGGCUUCAUGGCAAUCUAUUUCAUUGCCUGCGAACUGAACUCCUCCACAACAAGUACCGCAGAAGCCCUGGUGUUCCGUCGCGGCCACGAGCCCGCGUACAUGCGCCGUGGCCAGGGCAAGUCGGAAUCAGAUGUUGAGAGCGCCGAUACAGUGCCUGCAAGGCUAUCCACCACCGAGGAGGCAGGUGGAAAGGGAAUGUCAGCCAUGCAGCCUCAAACGGAUAUCUUCACCUGGCGUGAGGUGUGCUAUGAUAUUGAAAUCAAGGGGGAACCUCGCCGGCUUUUGGAUCAUGUUUCCGGGUGGGUCAAGCCCGGUACCCUCACAGCGCUCAUGGGUGUUAGCGGAGCCGGAAAGACAACCCUUCUUGAUGUCCUAGCACACAGAACCUCGGUUGGAGUGGUGAGUGGUGACAUGUUUGUCAAUGGAAAUGGACUCGACGCGAGCUUCCAGCGCAAGACGGGCUAUGUGCAGCAGCAGGACUUGCAUCUCGAGACCGCCACUGUGCGCGAGUCUUUGCGUUUCAGUGCUCUGCUCCGCCAACCUGCGAGCGUCUCGAUCAAGGAGAAAUAUGACUAUGUCGAGGAUGUGAUUGGCAUGCUCAACAUGGAAUCCUUUGCAGAGGCUAUCGUCGGCGUUCCUGGCGAAGGAUUGAAUGUUGAGCAAAGAAAGUUACUCACUAUUGGUGUUGAAUUGGCGGCGAAGCCCAAGCUUCUUCUGUUCUUGGAUGAACCUACUAGUGGUCUGGACUCACAGAGUUCCUGGGCUAUCUGCUCAUUCCUUCGCAAGCUAGCCGAGCACGGACAGGCUGUGCUUUGCACCAUUCACCAGCCGAGUGCUAUUCUAUUCCAACAGUUCGACCAGCUCCUAUUUUUGGCUCGCGGUGGCAAGACCGUUUAUUUUGGGCCAAUCGGCGAACAGUCGCAAACUCUGCUGGGCUACUUCGAAUCUCAUGGCGCACGAAAGUGCGGCGACAGCGAGAACCCGGCCGAGUUCAUGCUGGAUGUUGUGAAUGCUCGUACUAACCCCCAAGGCGAAGACUGGUUCGAUGUUUGGAAGCAAAGCAAGGAAAGCCACCUGAUUCAGUCUGAAAUCGAUCGCAUUCACAAGGAGAAGCAAGGCGAGAGUUCUGGCCCUGAAGAUGCAGCCGCUCUUCGUUCUGAAUUUGCCAUGCCCUUCUGGUUCCAGCUGUAUCAGGUUACCCGUCGAGUCUUCCAGCAAUACUGGCGGAUGCCUUCAUACAUUGUGGCCAAAUGGGGACUUGGUAUUGCUGCAGGUCUCUUUAUUGGGUUCUCUUUCUACCAAGCCAAGCCAUCACUUCAGGGGAUGCAGACCAUCAUCUACUCCGUCUUCAUGCUGUGCACGAUCUUCACGUCCCUGGUUCAACAGCUAAUGCCCCUGUUCGUGACCCAACGCUCUCUCUACGAAGUUCGCGAGCGGCCGUCGAAGGCCUACAGCUGGAAAGCGUUUUUGAUCGCCAAUAUUCUUGUUGAAAUCCCAUACAUGAUUGUGACUGGCAUUCUCAUCUACGCAUGUUACUUCUACGCCGUCGUCGGCAUACCGAGCUCGGCGAGCCAGGUGACCGUCCUUCUGCUUUGCAUCCAGUUCUUCAUCUACGCAGGCACCUUCGGACAGAUGGCGAUUGCCGCUCUUCCCGAUGCCGAAACCGCCAGUGCAGUUGUCGUCCUUCUUUUCGCUAUGUCGCUCACAUUCUGUGGAGUUAUGCAAUCCCCAUCCGCUUUGCCCGGAUUCUGGAUCUUCAUGUACCGCGUCUCUCCUUUCACAUACUGGGUGAGCGCCAUGGUCUCGACCCAGCUGCAUAAUCGUGACGUCGUGUGCUCUUCAGCCGAGCUUUCUAUUUUCAACCCCCCCUCUGGCCAGACCUGUGGGCAGUAUCUUGGCGAUUACAUUCAGCUCGCAGGGGGCCAGUUGGUGGACUGGAAUGCUACUGUGGACUGUGGCUUCUGCGCAGUCCAAAAGGCGGAUCAGUACAUUGCGGCGUCUGGAAUCUAUUACACCGAGCGAUGGCGCAACUUUGGCAUCGGCUGGGCAUUUGUCGCCUUCAAUAUCUUCGUGGCCACGAUGCUGUACUAUCUGUUCCGGGUGCAGCGAUGGAACCUCGAGAGCAUCAAGCAAAAGCUUGUUUCCUCUCGACUUCCCACGUCUAAGGACUAA